CUUCCGGUCAUAGACAAACGGGAUUCCUACGACGACCCUCAUCCCUCACCAUCGGUUGGCCUUGUAUCUCCUUCACUGCCAUCACACGGUAUUAUCAUCUCGAUAAAUGGUCCCAAUAUGUUAGACGACUGAGACUUUCAAAUUAAGUCUUGUUUUCGUGCUUGUUUCCAACUGUGUUUUCAUCCUUUCUUUGAAUUUCUUGGUGGAUGGAAUUUCUGAAUUUUUCCCUCAACUCCUCAGUUUUAUAUUUAUUAUGUCGGGUACAUUUUAAAGUUGAAAUGUGGUCACAAACAACACUACCAGAACUUAAACAUGACUAACAGACUUCAAUAUUUGUACCUGAGUGUUGUGAUUUUUACGAAUGUGGUUCAAUUUUCCAUUUGUGAAACUCGAGUACAAGUAAAUUCACGGAUACCGGAAGAUUUGUUUCUGCAACCCUUAGCAUCAAGGGCAAAUUCCCCAAAUAAUGGACGUGGUUCUCGUCCAUCAUCAUCCUCAACGUUGCUUGAGCCCAUCAUAAUUCAUCACACGAAGGGGGGCAAGGACAAGGUUGAUGACGACUCGUCCAAUGAGUUGUGUCAGGGGGCGUGCAUUUCGUCCAAAUUGUGUGAACAUCAUGGUGGACAACUGAAAGGAAGUUGUGCCAAAGGAACAACUUGUUGUCAAUUUGAACGGACAUGUGGGGAAAUUUCAAGGGAGAAAGUAUCAUUUUUCCAGUCUCCGAAUUACCCAGUUUUAAUAAAUGAUAGUUUGGACUGCACCUACCAAGUUUAUCCAGAUGAAGAUACUUGUGCAUUAAGGGUAGAGUUCUUGUCUUUUAAAAUUCAUCGAGCUGUACACUACAGCAAGACAGAAAAAUGCAUAUCCGACGCCUUGUUUUUGUUAAACACUGAUCAAGGAGCUAACGAACCUUUAUGCGACAUGGAAAACCAUACUGCAAUUAUUUAUGUGAAGAAAGACGCCAUAAAACCGACCAAAUUUAUUCUGAUAUCGCAGUCUGCAGAAGUCAAGUGGAAUCUAAAAAUUACCCAGAUUAAUUGUAAAAAGAUUUCAGGCUGGCAAAAUGAACCGAAAUGUGGCCGGCAACUCAUGUACGAUUCCGAAUCAGAGAACGACAACGGCAACAACGUCGAUGACGACACGGACGAUUCCGUAUCCAAAGAAUUUUCCAAUGAAAGCCGAAGAGAAAGUUUACAACUGCAACCGCUCAUCGUAAACGGGAAGGACGCCGAGAAGCGAGAAUUUCCUUGGCAGAUAAGCCUCCAGCUAAAAGGAAAAAGCACUCAUCGAUGUGGGGGCUCGAUUUUAAACAAUCGAUUCAUUGUCACGGCUGCUCACUGCGUCAUGAGAAAUGCAUUCGAGUUCAGAAACAAGAUGAAAGUCGUCGUGGGAGAUUACAUGCUCAAUGCAACGGGUGAAGUGGAACACCAAGAGUUCGAGAUUGAAAGCAUCAUUGGACACUUUCACUACAAACCGCACCACUCCCAUGUCAACGAUAUCGCCAUAUUAAAAGUGGCUGGGACGAUUAACUACUCCUCCAACAUUCAACCCGUGUGCUUACCACCCGCAAAUUACUCCACGGACGGAAAGCUUGGCUGGGUUUCGGGAUGGGGGCGACUGAAUGGUUCCGAUCCCAAGGCGACUGCAUCCACUUUACAAAAAUUGCAAGUGUCCAUCAUUGAUGACGAAAAGUGUCGAGCUCUUGUUCAACAGGAAGUUCAAAAAAUUCUUAAGCGGAAUGUAACCGUGACUGAAAUGGAGAUAAUGGCAACGCUUGGACGCAGCAAGACGCAACUUUGUGCUCAGCCAAAACUGAACUCUGCAGUUUGUUUUGGCGAUUCGGGUGGGCCCUUGGUUGUUCAAAUGGAGGAGGAUGGGCGCUACAUGCAGGUGGGAGUGGUGAGCUAUGGACUCGGAAAAUGUGUCACCGAGCGCAAUCCCCCCGCAGCUUACACCAGGAUUACGGAAUUUCUCGACUUUAUCGCAAUUGCUACAGCCGAUACCUGACUGAUACGCUUUUCGUGCAAUGUCCUUCAAAAAAUGACUAAAUUUAAAUUUUGAAAUUAAAAAUUUGAUUUGAGCUAUGUAAAAAUUCUCAUCAACGGUAAUAAUACAACAUUGCAUUUA